AUGUCUAAAACACGUGACGAAAAGGACAAUACUACUCUGAACGACUCAAAGGAGUCAACUAACCCCAAGGUGGUUGUUGACUCUGUCUUUGAGACGUCGGAAAAGCUGUUCCUUGGAGGUAUUGAUGAUGGCUCGGACGGGGUAAAGAGAGGAUCUACCGACGACUCGGAGCCAGAGUACGACUUCAAAUCUGAAGAGUUCGCCAACAUCCCCGAGCUGGUUCGCAACGUUGUCGGCUUUGAAGACGAUCCGUCUUUGCCGGUGCUCACCUUCCGAUCAAUCCUUCUCUCUGCAAUCUUUUGCACGACCGGAAGCAUUGUUUCGCAGCUUUCAUACUUUCGAACCACCACGGCACCAUUCCCUGUAUUCUUCGUCAUCUUGGCCUCAGCCCCUCUUGGUCGGCUACUAGCCCGUACUCUGCCUGAUUACACGGUACCUCUUGGACGCUUCUCUUUCUCCCUAAACCCGGGACCUUUUUCCAUCAAAGAGCAUGCGAUCAUUGGAAUCGCUGCCAACGCGGGCAGUCAAGGCCAAUGGGCGACCUACUUGCCAACCAAUGCAGCACUGUAUUACGGUAUCACGAUGAAUCCGGCCGUCGCACUCUUCUUUGGAUGGGGUGCUUCUCUACUCGGGUUUUCAUUCGCCGCAAUGGUCCGGAAGAUCCUGAUUGAUGAUCCCGAGUUCAUAUUCCCUUUGUCUCUUCAGCAAGUCACUUUGUAUAGAAGUAUGCAGGGGAAGACCGAGUUACACAAAAGCGUUUCCCGGAAACAAAUGAAAGUGUUCUGGUGGAUUCUGCUUGGCACGUUUGUCUGGCAAUUCCUCCCCGAGUAUCUAUUCCCCUUUGUCGCUGCUCUUGCUCCCCUAUGUUGGUUUGCGAGUCGCAAUCAUACUGUGAACUUCCUCGGCGCUGGCCGUGGAGGCAUUGGGCUCCUCAACAUCACGCUCAAUUGGUCCAACAUCACGUCUACUGUCAUCACUUAUCCUUAUAGCGUUCAAGUGACUAUCUUUGUUGGCUUUGUUAUCACUACAUGGAUCUUGAUUCCGGUUGCUUAUUUUGGCAACUUAUGGGGAUCGCCUACAUACGACAUCAUGUCAAAUGGUGUUUUUCAAAAGAACGGCUCCUCUUAUCCAUUUGCGUCUCUAAUCUACACGGAUUCAAGCGGCGUUCAGCAUGUCAAUGAAACUGCCUACCACGAGGUUGGCCUGGCGUACUCCGGCGCUCAAUACACAUGGGAAAUCUUCAUGUGGUACGCAUCUUACAUUUCUUCGUUCGUUUGGUGCGGCCUGUUCCUAGGCCCUAAAGUCGCCAAGAUCUGGAAGGCAAGAAAAGCAGAGGGCGAGUAUCACCAAGACAGAUUAAGUCGCAUUAUUCAGCAAUAUCCGGGCCUAACUCUUUGGGAAUGGGGUCUCCUGACUAUUAUCCCCAUUGGUAUCCUUCUUGUGAUUGUUGCUACGAAGUCCGUCUGGAUGCCGACUUGGACUUACUUCGUCGCUCUGGGCUUUGGUGGCGCUGCCAUGCUCCCCAUGAGUCUAGUUUAUGCGAUGUCUGGUUAUUCGAUCAAGGUCGGGUUCUUCAAUGAACUUAUUUAUGGCUACAUGAUCGACGCGAAAGGAUCAUCACGGCAUCCACUGGGCCAGCUGGCUUAUCGCAUCAUUUCCGGCAAUGUCUGGUAUGAUGCUCGUAUCGUCUUGGAAGACCAAAAGAUUGGACACUAUCUCCAUCUUCCGCCACGAGACGUGAUUGGUGUCCAAAUCAUUGCGAACAUGAUUUCUCUUCCUAUCAAUUACGGCGUCAUGCGUUGGGUCAUUUCAUCCAAAUUCGACUACGUAAGCGGCCGAGUUGCGGAUCCUCAAGGACAAUGGACUGGUCAAGAGUUCAAGAGCUACAAUACGGCCGGCAUUCAGUAUGCCCUCGUUGGGCCUAAGAAGCUCUUCGCUUCAUCCUUUUUCAAGCCUGUUCUCUACGGCUUCCCCGCUGGAGCGCUGGCACCGAUCAUCAUCUGGCUUCUUCAUAAGAAGUUCCCGAAGGCCCGUUUCGACCUUUGGAACUCGACGAUUUUCUUUGCUAGCGCGGCAACUUUCCAUGGAAAUCUUAGUACUGGACCGUUUACAACUUUCCUUGUUGGAACGUUUUUCAACUUCUACCUCUACCGUUAUCGGCGUACUUUCUGGAACAAGUGGGCAUACAUCAGUGGCGCCGCCUUGGACACUGGCUUCAAUGCUAAUCUCUUGUUCAUCUUCAUCUUCCUGGGUACGACCGGGGCUGUGAUGGUGCACUGGUGGGGAAAUAAUGCGCAAAAUAUUGAGCGGUGCUUUGCCUUGAAGGGAUAG